CCUCUGCUGCCUGCUGACCACAGCCGUGGGGGCAGCUAGCCACCCUCCUCGUGGUUAUAGCCUCUACACAGGGGGCGGCGGGGCCCUCAGCCCUGGUGAACCCCAGGCCCAGAGCGCCCCCCGGCCUGCCAGCCGCCACAGGGCUUCCUCGGCCCCAUCCAGUGAUCUGUGAUUCUUUCUGACGCUGCGGCUGCUCUGUCCCUUCGGGCUCUCCAGCCGGACACAGAUCAAAGGCCAGCAUGAAUGGGGCCAAGAGUGUAGAACGGCCAGCGAUGAGAGGGGCAGCGUUCAUCGAUGGCUUAUUCUCUACUUAACCCUGAGCUGGACCCCUGCCUGCCCCGUCCUCUUCUCUUAGGGGUGGGUGGAAGCCAGCAUCCAGGGGAUCACCAGAGGGACCCGGCCAGCUGGCUCAUACAGGCCACGCUAGGCUGGGGAUUGGGACAGAAAGGGACGUGAAUGAAUGUGUGAAUUCAGAGGCUCCCCAGGACCCCCCAGCCAUGAGAAUCGACUUCUUAUAGUUGUGGUUUUCCAUUCUGUGCUUCCUUUUGCUGUCUUGAAAAGUCUUUACCGACUCUUACGGCACAGGAAAGCGUGGGGGGAGCUGCCCUGCCAAAGUCCUGGCUCCUACAGGUCCCCAGGGGCCCUUCAUCUUUUGACCCUCCCUCAGCCCCUCUGGUAGCCCCUGGGCCCUCCUCUGGGGCUUGUGUCUUGGCCCUUGGGCCCAGGUGGGGUUGUGCCUACAGGAACUGGUGUGCCUUUGUGGUGACCCGGACAGUGAGCUGUGUCCUUGAGGAUGGAGUGGAGACCUUCAUCAAGCCCGACUACCAGCCCUGUGGCUGGGGCCAGCCCCAGUGUCCCCGCAGCAUCAUGUACCGCAGCUUCCUCCGUCCUCGUUACCGAGUGGCCUACAAGACAGUGACAGAUAUGGAGUGGAGGUGCUGUCAGGGGUAUGGGGGCGAUGACUGUGCUGAGGGUCCUGCCCCGGCGCUGGGUCCUGCACCUACCACACCACGCCCCCGGCCCCGGCCCGCCCGCCCCAACCUCUCCGGCUCCAGUGCAGGAAGCCACCUGAGUGGACUAGGUGGGGAAGGUCCUGGGGAGUCAGAGAAGGUGCAGCAGCUGGAGGAGCAGGUGCAGAGCCUGACAAAGGAGCUGCAGGGCCUCCGCGGUGUCCUGCAGGGACUGAGCGGGCGCCUGGCGGAAGACGUCCAGAGGGCCGUGGAGACGGCCUUUAACGGGAGGCAGCAGCCAGCGGACGCAGCUGCCCGCCCUGGAGUGCACGAGACCCUCACUGAGAUCCAACAGCAGCUGCAGCUCCUGGACAACCGCGUCUCCACCCAUGACCAGGAGCUGGGCCAUCUCAACAACCAUCACGGCGGCGGUGGCGGCGGUGGCGGCGGUGGCGGCGGUGGCAGGGCCCCCGCCCCAGCCCCGGCCCCUCCCGGCCACAGUGAGGAGCUGCCGCGGGAGCUGGAGCGGCGGCUGCAGGAGUCCUGCUCCGUGUGCCUGGCGGGGCUGGAUGACUUCCGCCGGCAGCGGCAGGAGGACAGAGAGCGGCUGCGAGUGCUGGAGAAGCGACUGACCUCGGUGGAGGAGCGGCAGCGGCAGCUCCCCGGGCAGGCCGCGGGCCGCAGGCCCCUUCAGGAGUGCUGCCCUCCGGAGCUGGCCCGGCGGCUAGCAGAGCUGGAGCGGAGGCUGGAUGUAGUGGCCGGCUCGGUGACAGUGUUGAGUGGGCGGCGAGGCACCGAGCUGGGAGGAGCGGCUGGGCAGGGGGGGCACCCCCCGGGCUACACCAGCUUAGCAUCCCGCCUCUCUCGCCUGGAGGACCAGUUCAACUCCACUCUGGGUCCCUCACAGGAGCAGGAGGAGGGCUGGCCCGGGCGCCCUGGGGGCCUGGGCCACUGGCUGCCUGCCGCCCGGGGCCGACUGGAGAAGCUGGAGGGACUGUUGGCCAACAUGAGCGGAGAGCUGGGUGGGCGGCUGGAUCUGCUGGAAGAGCAGGUGGCAGGGGCUGUGCAGGCGUGUGGGCAGCUCUGCUCCGGGGCCCCGGGGGAGCAGGACACCCAGGUGAGCGAGAUCCUCAGUGCCUUGGAGCGCAGGGUGCUAGACAGCGAGGGGCAGCUGCGUCUGGUGGGCUCAGGCCUGCACGAAGUGGGAGCAGCCGGGGAGGCCCGGCAGGCUGCACUGGAGGAGCUGCAAGGGGUCGUGGGCCAGCUCCAGGGGCGUGUUGACGCGCUGGACGAGACGACGGCGGAGUUCGCGCUGCAGCUGAACCUCACGGCGGCACGGCUGGGCCAACUGGAGGGUCUCCUGCAGGCCCGUGGGGAUGAGGGCUGUGGGGCCUGUGGUGGUGUCCAAGAGGAGCUGGGCCGCCUUCGGGACGGUGUGGAGCGCUGCUCCUGCCCCCUGUUACCCCCACGGGGCCCCGGGGCCGGCCCCGGGGUUGGGGGACCAAGCCGAGGGCCUCUGGACGGCUUCAGUGUGUUUGGGGGGAGCUCAGGCUCAGCCCUACAGGCCCUGCAAGGAGAGCUGUCCGAGGUUAUUCUCACCUUCAGUUCUCUCAAUGACUCACUGCACGAGCUCCAGACCACCGUGGAAGGGCAGGGUGCCGAUCUGGCUGACUUGGGAGCCACCAAGGACCGUAUCAUCUCUGAGAUUAACAGGCUGCAACAGGAGGCCACGGAGCAUGCUACAGAGAGUGAGGAGCGCUUCCGAGGCCUGGAAGAGGGACAGGCCCAGGCUGGCCAGUGCCCCAGCCUAGAGGGGCGAUUGGGCCGUCUUGAAGGAGUCUGUGAGCGGCUAGACACUGUGGCGGGGGGACUGCAGGGCCUGCGUGAAGGCCUUUCCCGACACGUGGCUGGGCUCUGGGCUGGGCUACGGGAAACCAACAGCACCAGCCAGACGCAGGCAGCCUUGCUGGAGAAGCUGCUUGGGGGGCAGGCGGGCCUGGGCAGGCGGCUCGGUGCCCUUAACAGCUCCCUGCUGCUGCUGGAGGACAGGCUUCACCAGCUCAGUCUGAAGGACCUCACUGGGCCCGCAGGUGAGGCUGGGCCCCCAGGGCCUCCCGGGAUACAAGGACCCCCAGGCCCUGCUGGACCUCCAGGACCUCCAGGCAAGGAUGGACAAAAGGGACCCAUUGGGCCACCAGGUCCCCAAGGAGAGCAGGGAGUGGAGGGGGCACCAGCAGCCCCUGUGCCCCCGGUGGCCUUUUCAGCUGCCCUGAGUUUGCCACGGUCUGAACCAGGCACAGUGCCCUUCGACAGAGUCCUGCUCAACGAUGGGGGCUAUUACGAUCCAGAGACUGGCGUGUUCACAGCACCACUGACCGGGCGCUACUUUCUGAGCGCGGUGCUGACUGGGCACCGGCAUGAGAAAGUGGAGGCCGUGCUGUCCCGCUCCAACCUGGGCGUGGCCCGCAUAGACUCCGGUGGCUACGAGCCUGAAGGCCUGGAGAAUAAGCCAGUAGCCGAGAGCCAGCCCAGCCCCGGCGCCCUGGGGGUCUUCAGCCUCAUCCUGCCGCUGCAGGCUGGAGACACGGUCUGCAUCGACCUGGUCAUGGGGCAGCUGGCGCACUCAGAGGAGCCGCUCACCAUCUUCAGCGGAGCCCUGCUCUACGAGGACCUGGAGCCCAAACAGGUGUAGACAGGGGGCUGGGCCCGACCGGCCCUUAGUGUCUACGCCGGCCAAAGAGCCAGCUGGGGCGGCGGGGCUCCCCCGGCUUCCUGCCUGGGGUGGGGCUCCGUCCCGCCACGCCAGCCCCAGGCGAGCCGCCGUCCCUGUCCCCUCUGUGGCACAGGCGCCCAGAGCAAUCUCUUCGCCACGGCCUGAGCGCGCCGGGUGGGGGACUCUGGCAUCCCCUCGUCCAGACUUUUGGCCUGCUCGCCGUCCCCUGCAGGGCCGACUGCGGAGGAGCCCAUCCUCGCACCUUCUGCUCCUCCAGCUGGCCUCCAGGCCGAUGCAGGGCUCUCCCGACGGGCUCCGGCCCCCACCGCCAUACUAAACUAUUCAGGAAUAAAGACACUUGGUUUUUCUAAAAAACAAAACAAAACAAAACAAA